GUCUCGUUCUGGAGGCAGGUCAUCGCUCAACCAUUAAACCGCUGUGCCCAGCCCUCUGCUCAUGAUCUCUGACCACUGCAUAUCUGACACAUCGCAUCGUUCAUCCACACAUGAAGAUGAUCACCAGAAUUCUCCUGCUCAUAUUUCUGCCGUCUGUGAUAGCACGGGAUCUCUGUAAAGAUGGUAAAGACGGAUAUAAAGUCAGACUAAGCAUUAAGACGGCUCUUGGAGAUGAAGCUUAUGAAUGGAACGAGAGCGAGAUGUUCCUCUUCAGAUCUUCUCUGGCGUUCGCCAUGAGGAAAUACACCCAGCGAGAGACGUUUGACAUCUCAAACAUACUGGUGUGUAAUGAGACCAAACGCGUGUCGUUCGUGUUCGUGGUGACAUCACCAAAUGACUCAACCAAACUGAUUCCCAAAGAUCACGUGGCAUCUGCAGUGAGGCAGCAUAAGCAUCGCAUCAACAGCGCAUUUCUGCUAUCAGACGGUACUCUUGAAUUCGUGGGAAUUCCACCAACGCUGGCGGCCCCCAUCACAUACAGCACUCAACCGUGGCUCAUCGUGUUCGGGGUCGUGAUAGGAGCUGUGGCUGUGGGGAUUGUAUCUUUACUGAUGUCCACCAUGACCAGACGAAGACGAGCUGCAGAUAAAGGUGUUGAUUCAGGCCAAGAGGAAGAACAAAUGGAAGGAAUUGUCAAAGGGAAUGGAACAUCACUUACACGCCUGGAGUCAAAAGAUGGCGUCUAUAAUCAGGCAUUCUCCAAUGAUGAGCGCUUCACAAAGCUGUGAGACCCGAUGAGAGCGCUGCGCACCUUUAAAUCAUUCACUACAAGUGAAAUCUAUUCUAGAUGUCUAUAGUUUUAUUUGUUCAAAGAUGAGGAACUCAAACAUAUCCUAAAACUGAAAGUUUUGUAUAAUAAAUUGCUCUCUAUACAGUCCAUAAAAUGCUGUGCCGGUUCAAGCCGUGGUGGGGUAAAAUAGGGACAAACCCAACUGUUGUUUUAAUCUAGAAAUCUUUCAUAUCCAUUUGACUCAACCAUGCUUCAACUGCAAAUGUCACGUCACAGUUUGAUCCUUUCCUGGAUGUUGCUACAAAGUAAACUAUUGUUUGCUUUCUCUGCAGUAAAUGCUUGUGAAUGAUAUUCUCAGUUGCCUGUUUGUUCAGCAUUUAAUGACUUAUCCAACAGAAUGAAUCAUUUGUGAACAGUGUCGGGCAAGUUACUGUGAAAAAGUAAUUCAUUACUAGUUACUAGUUACAUAUUCAAUACAGUAAUUAAAUUACUGUACAAAUGACUCUCUCCAAAAAGUAUUUAAUGACUUAUUACUAAUUACUUUAUAUAUCCUACAUCAACCUUGAUUAGUUAAGUGAUUCAAGGACAUGAAACGGCUCUUUUAACUCACUCAAAUAAAUCAUAUAAAACUACAUAAAGUAGUAUUAUUAACUGACCAAAGUAUGAGAGAAUUAUAC